AUGUCCUGUAUCAAGAGAUAGAGGAUGAUAAGGGCCUAGGAAUGCACCCAAUAGUCAUACAUUUUUCACAUGGAACAUUUUGCCAUUUUUUUAGAUUAGUUUCAGCUCUAUUGCCCAUUCCAUUCAAGAUGCAGUAAGAGCAAUAUAGGUUGUAUUUGUAUAAUUGUAUGCAUUCUAAAGCCCAAUUCUGUGAUGCGAAACAGUGCCUUGAGUGCCUGUGUAAAUGAAUACCAGGAACUCCAGGGAGAGAGUGAUUCUGAAUGGAAACUGUUGCCAUAUAUUGAAGCCCAGGCAAAGUAACACAGUCAUUUGCUGCUCAGCUGUACUGAGUAAUGUCUUGCCAUCUCGUCAAGAUGUUAAUGUUUAAUGGAAGGGGAAGGAGUUUUCUUAAGGCCAAAACAUGUUUUGUGCGUAACUACAACCGAUUCAGGAUCAUGCGCCCCGAUGAUGCCAACAUUGUUGGCAACGUCCACGGCGGGACCAUACUGAAGAUGAUCGAGGAGGCGGGGGGCAUCAUCACUACACGCCACUGCAACAGCCGGCAAGGGGAGAGCGCUAUCUCCAAACACAGCCCUGCAGGACGGCAGGAACGCUGUGUGGCCGCGCUGGCCCGAGUGGAGCGGACCGACUUCCUGCACCCCAUGUUCAUAGGCGAGGUGGCGCACGUCAGCGCCGAAAUCACCUACACCUCCAAGCGCUCCGUGGAGGUGCAGGUCAACGUGCUCGCCGAGAACAUCCUGACAGGUGCCAAAAAGGUGACCAACAAGGCGACGCUGUGGUACGUUCCCUUCUCCCUCCAGAACACCGACAAAAUCACCGAAGUCCCUCCAAUCGAGUAUUCCAGCCCGGAGCAGGAGGAAGAGGGGAGGAAACGGUAUGAGGCACAAAAGCUGGACCGUUUGGAGACCAAGGGGAGGAAUGGGGAGGUGGUCAUGCCCGUCCCGACCCCAGACAGACACACUAAAGAGGCCUACACCGUGGAGUUCAGCCAGUCCAGCCUGAUCCAUCUGGUGGGCCCAUCAGACUGCACCCUGCUCAGUUAUGUGCACGGAGGUGUGACGAUGAAGCUGAUGGACGAGGUCGCCGGAAUCGUGGCCGCCCGCCACUGCAAGACCAACAUCGUCACGGCCUCGGUGGACGCCAUCAACUUCCACCGCAAGAUCAAGAUAGGCUGUGUGGUCUCUGUGUCUGGCUGGAUGACCUUCACCAGCAACAAGUCCAUGGAGAUCGAGGUGAUUGUGGACGCCGACCCGCUGGUGGAGACAGACAAGGGGAAAUACCGGGCCGUCACCGCCUUCUUCACCUACAUCUCCCUGGACAAGGAGAACAAGCCUCUUCCUGUGCCUCCUCUGAAGCUGGAGAACGAGGAGCAGCAGAAGCGUUUCGAGGAAGGGAAAGCGCGCUACCUGCAGAACAAGGCCAAGAGACUGUCAGAGAAAGAGCGUCAGCAAUGACACACCCCUCCCCCGUAGCCGGUCGAUGAAACAGCUCCUGGGAUGCCGUAUUGCCGUUCAACAGUAUAUUUUAAAUAACCCGUCUUUAUCUUAGAAAUUCUAAUAGAGUAAGAGGAGGCACUGUAUCUCUCAGUUACGCUUGAAAUGCUUUGUCUUCUUGCCUUUAUGUUUCAGUCCUGCAUACCAAAGCAUCUACACGUAUGUUUAAAAGAAAACAAUCUAAGAUGUAGUAAUAUAUAAUGUAUAUAAACCAUAUUUUGUCCCCAGAGACUUUUUUGUUUGUUAUUUAUAAAUGGCUGUAAUCACCAUGUGCGGAAGGGUUCUGUGUUGUGCACCAUGAAAUAAAAAGUGCUCAUGCUGAGA